CUUAAAGCCAGAAUCUGCCAAAAUUUGAAUUGGAAAAAUAAACACAGCUUUGUUCUGCUCAGCUGACAAACACACAAGCAUGCACCAUCCUCCCUUCUAGAUUCUAACCUAGAGUUUAUCUUCCCCUGAGAAAUCUGGAAUCUAAAAUUGCAUUCCGGCUGCAAAAUUUUGCUGAAAGAGCCUUAGGCUAUUUCCACGAUCUGAGUAGCAAAAUCUUUCUGACUUCGGUCCAACACAAUGCCUCAGUUCCUUUACAAGAUAAAUUAAGGGUCUGUGAACUUGAGAGUAAGAAUGUCGGUUUCUGGAAUUCGAGUUUUCCGGCUGUGUUAUUGCACGCAAUUGGCAUUUGAGGACACCGUGCGAGCAGGAACGCAGGUGGACGAUCGCCUCCCGGUCUCGGGUCGGCUGCGUCCCGAGGUAGUCAGAGACCAGCUAGGGCCGAACCCCGACCCGGCCCCCCGCUGCGGUGGGUCCCCAGCUUCGGACGCCCGGCGGGCUGCGCCGUGUCCACCCCUCUCUUCCCUCUCCCGUCCGGGCUCCAGUGCGGUUCGGACACUAUCCUUGGCUUUCAGCUCCCGCCUGCUCCACCCCAGAUUGUUCAGUUCAAGGGAAUGAAGAAUUCAGAAUAAUUUUGGUUAAGUGGAUUCCAAUGUGGGGAAUAAGAAUAACCUGAACAGUUGACCUGCUUUGAAGAAACGUAAUUUCCAUUUAUCUAAAAUAAUCUGUAACAACCAAACCAAUCAAAAUGAAUUCAACCUUAUUUUCCCAGAUUGAAAAUCAUUCAGUCCACUAUAAUUUUUCAGAGAAGAAUUCCCAGUUUUUGGCUUUUGAAAAUGAUGAUUGUCAUCUGCCCUUGGCCAUGAUAUUUACAUUAGCUCUUGCUUAUGGAGCUGUGAUCAUUCUUGGUGUCUCUGGAAACUUGGCCUUGAUCAUAAUCAUCUUGAAACAAAAGGAGAUGAGAAAUGUUACCAACAUCCUGAUUGUGAACCUUUCCUUCUCAGACCUGCUUGUUGCCAUCAUGUGUCUCCCCUUCACAUUUGUCUACACAUUAAUGGACCACUGGGUCUUUGGUGAGGCAAUGUGCAAGUUGAAUCCUUUUGUUCAAUGUGUUUCAAUCACUGUGUCCAUUUUCUCUCUGGUUCUCAUUGCUGUGGAACGGCAUCAGCUGAUAAUCAACCCACGAGGGUGGCGACCCAAUAAUAGACAUGCCUACAUAGGUAUUGCUGUGAUGUGGGUCCUUGCUGUGGCUUCUUCUCUGCCUUUCCUGAUCUACCAAGUAUUGACUGAUGAACCAUUCCAAAAUGUGACACUUGAUGCGUUCAAGGACAAGUACGUGUGCUUUGAUAAAUUUCCGUCGGACUCUCACAGGUUGUCUUAUACCACACUGCUCUUGGUGCUGCAGUAUUUUGGUCCACUCUGUUUUAUAUUCAUUUGCUACUUCAAGAUAUAUAUACGCUUAAAAAGGAGGAACAACAUGAUGGACAGGAUGAGAGACAGUAAGUACAGGUCCAGUGAGACCAAAAGAAUCAACAUCAUGCUGCUCUCCAUCGUGGUAGCCUUUGCCGUUUGCUGGCUCCCCCUUACCAUCUUCAACACCGUAUUUGAUUGGAAUCAUCAGAUCAUUGCUACAUGCAACCAUAAUCUGUUAUUCCUGCUCUGCCACCUAACAGCAAUGAUAUCCACCUGUGUCAACCCCAUAUUUUAUGGAUUUCUGAACAAAAACUUCCAGAGAGACUUGCAUUUCUUCUUUAACUUCUGUGAUUUCCGGUCUCGGGACGAUGACUAUGAGACAAUAGCCAUGUCCACCAUGCACACAGAUGUUUCUAAGACUUCUUUGAAGCAAGCAAGCCCAGUUGCAUUUAAAAAAAUUAACAAUGAUGACAAUGAAAAAAUCUAAAACUGCUGUAGAAUAUGGUCUCAGAUGUUUAAAAAUAAGCACAGCCUACAGCAGCAUACUUGUAUUACCCAUUCUCCUAAGGAAUGGGGUUGAAAUCAUUUGAGACAGACCAGGGUUUUCUUGUCUUGCUUUUUACUGCUUUUGUUAUAGGUGUCAUAAUUACAUUUGGAACAAAAUGUAUACGUUUUGGCAUCUUGUGGUGAUAGUUCUGACAAGACAUCCUUGAAGUGCUUUUCGUGAACUUAGAACUAUAAUAUAAAGACUUUUAUACCAUAUUUAUUGGAAUGAAAUUUCUUCCAAGUAUUGUUAUUAACUGAUUGAGAAGCACUAGCACCUGAUGCUCUCAUUAGAUUGGGCAGUCCUUAUGAGUUUAGAUUGUCAAUUGAUUGGGCCAUCCUCAUGUUAUGAUAGGCAUCAUUUCAGUCUGUUGCAGAGGUGACAGUAUUCAAAAGCAGCAUUCAGGAUCAGGAUGUGGAGCCAAAGGACUUUCAGACAUGAUUUGCUUUUUUGCUCCAAUUGAUUAUUAUUUAAAUUAAGACAAAAAUGUAUCAAUAAUGUUUGCUCAGCUGUGAAUAACAUGGGGAAUUGGGCCACCUACAAGACUUCAGAGAGAAAGCAGUUCUCUAACUUCAAAACUAUUUUAGUACCUGACAAUCAAAGCGUCUCAAAGUAAUUAACAAGUAAGUUAGUAGGCUGAAUUAUUAUCGUUUGAGUUGGUGGUCAAGAGAUUUUUCCAUUCUUUACAGACUGAUCAGUGUUUGUCCAACUUUCUGGCAUAAACAUGUAACUCAGAAGGCAUUUCCAGCUUUUCCAGCUUACAGUACAUAGAAACUCACACUGUCUUUUCCAUGCAGCAGUGCCAAAUACAGUAACUCGUUUUUAACUUUCAGUGUCUAUCUUUCAAAGCUAUUGACACCAAAGUAUAGUACAGUGUUAAAAGGAAGCUCACUUCAGCUAGCAGGGAAAAACACCCCCAAACUGAGGACACUUUAUCUAGCACAUGUUAACUUGUGUAAUCUGUGUGACUUAUGGUGUCCUAUUAAUAACUCACUGUAUAGAGUAUGGAGUAAUUAUGUCAUGUUAGUAUGCCGGAUUCCACGUAUCUUGUAAUCAUGAGUGAGCCUCAGAAUCAUCUUCAGAAAUGAUAUUUUAAAGAACAAGACAUACUUUCAGUAUAUUGUACAAAGUAUUAAAUAUGUUUGAUUUCAGAAGGGCAGAUACUUUAUUAAAAUUGAAAUUGUUUUUG